AUGGGUAAAAGUAUUUUGGUUUUCUCUGUCGUUGUUGUUUUUCUCUUCUCUAUUGCAUAUGCAACUCCUGGAAUCGGAACUUUCUACACAAGUUACACUCCAUCAGCAUGUUACGGAAACAAGCCAGAAGGAGUGAUGAUAGCUGCAGCGAGUGAUAAAUUAUGGAACAAUGGUCGAGUUUGUGGUAAAAUAUUCCAUGUGACAUGCACCGGAGCUCGUAACGCCGUGCCUCAUCCCUGUACCGGUAAAACUGUGACAGUUAAAAUCGUCGACCAUUGUCCCGCUGGCUGCGCUUCUACUAUCGAUCUCUCCUUUGAAGCUUUUUCUAAGAUCGCUAAUCCUGUCGCUGGGAUCAUUAACAUUAAUUAUACGCCGUAA